CGUCCCGCUCCGCUUCCGGCCCCGGGCGGGCGGAUGGCGCACGGCUGAGGCGGCGGCGCUGCGGGAGCCGAGACCUGUUCCACCUGCCAGGACCCAACCAUGACAAAGGAGGAGGACCUCCCAGACUGGAACACGUCCAAGGACUUCUAUGAAAAAUAUGAGCCGAAGGAGGUUCUGGGCCGGGGGGUGAGCAGCGUCGUCCGCCGGUGCAUCCACAAAGCCACCAGGCAGGAGUAUGCCGUGAAGAUCAUCGACAUCACAGCAGGGAACAUCUCCCCCCAGGAGGUGCAGGAGCUGCGUGAGGCCACAGCCAAGGAGAUCGACAUCCUGCGGAAGGUCUCGGGACACCCCAACGUCAUCCAGCUGAAGGACAGCUAUGAGUCCAGCACCUUCUUCUUCCUGGUGUUCGAUCUGAUGAAAAGAGGGGAGCUCUUUGAUUACCUCACUGAGAAGGUCACCUUAAGCGAGAAGGAAACCAGGAAGAUCAUGCACGCGCUGCUGGAAGUGAUUCAGUACCUGCAUUCCAUUGACAUCGUGCACCGCGACCUGAAGCCGGAGAACAUCCUCCUGGAUGAUGACAUGAACAUUAAGCUGACAGACUUUGGCUUCUCCUGCCAGCUGCGUGAGAACGAGAAGCUCAAAGAAAUCUGUGGUACACCUGGCUACCUGGCCCCCGAAAUCCUGCACUGCUCCAUGGAUGAUGAACACGAGGGCUAUGGGAAAGAAGUGGACAUGUGGAGCACCGGGGUGAUCAUGUACACACUGCUGGCUGGCUCACCUCCCUUCUGGCACCGCAAGCAGAUGCUGAUGCUGCGGAUGAUCAUGAACGGGGACUACCAGUUUGGCUCCCCAGAGUGGGAUGAUCGCUCUGACACCGUCAAGGACCUGAUCUCCAGAUUCCUGGUGGUGGACCCACAGCGGCGGUACACGGCGAGGGAGGCAUUGGCACAUCCCUUCUUCCAGCAGUAUGACGUGGAGGAGGUCCGACACUUCAGCCCCUUCCGGAAAUUCAAGGUGAUCUGUCUGACCGUGCUGGCGUCCGUCCGCAUUUACUACCAGUACCGCAUGGUGAAGGCGGUGACGCGGGAGCUGGUGGUGCGGGACCCGUACGCGCUGAAGCCCAUCCGCAAGCUGAUCGACGCCUGCGCCUUCCGCACCUACCGGCACUGGGUGAAGAAGGGCGAGGCGCAGAACAGGGCCGCGCUCUUCGAGAACACCUGCAAGGCUGUUCUGCUCGCCCUGGCGGCCGAGGAAGAGCUGUUUUGAUGGCAGCGUCGCUGCUGCUUGAGUUGGGUUUUGCUCAGAGUUAAGGUUGAAAUGGCUCCUUCCAACUCAGGAUAUGCUAUGAUAGAAAGCCACUGGAUGUGAGCAGGGAGGGGGUGCCUACUUACGCUCCAGGCCUCCCCGGGCAGCAAACUCCCACUCCUCCUCAGCUGGGAGCCUUUUUCCCUUCCAACUGCAGAACGCCUGUGCGUCGUUCCAGCUCACGUGCAGCACUGGGUGCUCCAAUCUGUCUGCGAUGCCAGAGCCAGGACCUGCAGGCUGUAAAUUGCAGUGAUCUUCAUCAGUUUCAUUAAUCACCAAGAGAAAGGAUUGAACAGAGCAAGGUGGGGAGCCUGCACAGAGGAAACAGAUGCUAUUUUCCGCUUGGUUUUAAGAAAGAACUCACCACUGUGCCUGCUUCACACCCACCUGUCGCCAAAAAGCUUUCUCAACUGGCAGCCACCAAGGAGCAGACUGGGAAAAAAAGCAACAUCGGAUUAAAGCCAUACUGCCCCCCUCCCCAGAGACCCUUCAGUCAUCCUACAACAGUGCAUGGAAAGAGGAGGAUGCGUUAGGUUGGGAGCUGUUUGAUCCGGGUUAUUGUGAAUCACAGAAUGAUUAAGGUUAGAAAAGACCUGUUAGAUCCCCAAGCCCACCCCACCAUGCCCAUUAAACACAUCCCUCAGUGCCACCUCUGCACAGUUCUGGAACAUCUCCAGGGAUGGGGACUGCACACUCCCUGGGCAAUCACCACCUCCCCCAUCGCUGAGCAGCCCCCACGAUGCCACCUGAAACCUCUUGAUCUCCCUCCAGGCUUCAGAUUUACCUCCAGUUUUUGGGUGACUUUUUUUUUCAGCUCUUCUGAUACGAAAUCCUCAAAGACAAAGCUCCAGCCAAA